AUGAACAAUGAGUAUCGAUUACCACUAGUGGAGGAACUAAUAAAAGUUUAUCUCACUGAAACAAAAUAAGAAGAUGAAUAAAUUGAAGAUAACUAUGUAUUAUAAAAGUUAAAAAAAGUAGUUAAGGCAAAUAGUCUAUCAGAACAGCUUGAAUUCAUUAAAAAGCUUUAAUAAUAAGAUAAUCAAUCUCUUAUCGAAAAUUAUAUAUCUCAAGAUGACAAUAACUCAAAUUAUAUUAAAGGACUUUGGAAAAUAAUUUCUUUCAAAUGUUAAAGUGAAUGGAAAGAGGAAACAUUCAUGCUCACUUCAUAUUACAUUUGUUUAAAAUGGAUAGAUUAUUUAGAACCAGUUGAUGAUAAUUAAAUUGAAAAUGAUGAAUACUUAGAAUAGAGAAUGGAAAAAAUAAAAGGUUUGCUUGGUGCUCUAACAUAACAAAGGUUAAGCCUUCUUUAAGAAUAAAUCCCUUAUUUUAAUAAACUUAUAAGGAUUAUCUCGGAGAGAAUUAAUGAAUACCAAGGAGAUGAAUUUUCUUAAAUUUCGAUUGAAAAUUUAUAAUAGUUUAUUCUUAUUAUUGAUAAGAAAGAUAACAUCAUGGAUAUUAUUAAUAUUUUGGAAUAUUACAGACCUAAAUUAUGGCAUUAAAAGAUAUUAGUAUAUUCCUGUGAGAGAUCAAUAAACGAAUUUAUUUUGAAAAAACACAGUGAUAUUUCUUCUAGAAUCUAUAUCUAAUUAAAAAAUAAAAUGAUAAAUGGGAUGAGGGAAAUAUAGGGAUCAAUAGUUAUUCUUGAAACAAUUAAGAGUUUACUUGAGGAAGACAUUGAUUCAGAAAGUGAGGGCUUAUUCUUGUCCAUCGAAACUUUAUUAGAUUUAAUUACCAAGCUUGCUUAAUUAAAGAAAAAGAAUUUACUAACUUAGUCUGUGGUGUAAAAAUUAAAUGGAGGUUAAAUAAAUGACCUAUUAAUUUAGAUUUAGAAGAUUAUGAUUUAAGGAGAAUUAAACUACUCAGAAACUAAUUCUCUCCAUCAAAAUAUAAUCUCUGGGUUUUAUACUUUUUGCUAGACUUAUGGUGUGGAUAAAUUGAAUUAAUUUUUGGGGGCAGUCAAAAAAGAAUAGAUUUAUGAUCCUCUAGAUUUGCUUAUUUUAAUUAAAAAGAUAAAUAACCGCAGAAUUAUUUUGAGUUAAGACAGCUUAUUGGCUUUAUAUUAAGAAUAAGAAUAAGAAAUUAAAGGGGUUAAAGGUUGGGCUAAAUUGCUUGAAAAUUAAGCAAAGAUUAAGAUGGAUAGGGAGAAAGAAGAAAGAUUAAAACAAAUAACUCCAGACUAAGAAUUACGAUUCGAUUGCAAUAAAUUGUGCGAGCAAAUAUUAAUGAAUGAAUAUAAUUCAGGAGUAAAAGAUUGGGUGUAAGUGAGAGUUGAUAAAGAUCCAAAGCUUACAGAAUUAAUACUUAAAAUAUUCGAAGCAUAUAGAAAACCAUCGAAGCUAAUUAGCAAAGAUAAUAAAAUAGAUCAUCAAAUAAUUUCAGAAUGGGAUAGUUAGCAUAUCUAAAAUUGGGUAGAACCUGCUAAAGUAUUGUACGGUGAUGAGUAAAAUUUUGAAGAUGCAAGUGAAAUUUUUGCUGUUGCUAUAAGAGGAAUAGAAUUAGCAACUAAAUUAAUUGCUAGAUAUACUUAAAUAGCAUGCUGUAUAUUUUUCUACUUUAAAUUAGGGCAAGUAGGAGAAGUUUAUACGGGAGAAGGUAAAACAUUGAUUAUUGCUCUCUGGGCUGUUAUCUAAGCAAUUAGAGGAUUUAAAGUUGACAUUAUUAGUAGUUCAAGUGAUCUUGCAGAAAGAGAUUAUUUGGAAAGUAAAAAUAUCUAUCUUCAGUAUGGAUUAGUUUCUGAAAUAAUAUGUGAUGAUUUAGCUAAUUAAUAAGAGGAAAUAAGACCAGCGAGGUAUUAGGCUCAUAUUGUAUUUGGGGACAUUGGUUCUUUUGAAAGAGAUUACUUAUUAGAUACUUCAUUAAUUGGUAAAAGUGUUCGAGGUGGCAGAACAACAGGUUGUCUUAUUGUAGAUGAAAUUGAUAGCUCACUUCUUGAUAAGGGAGAGAGUACACUCUAUUUAUCACAUAAAAUAGCUGAAUUAUCGUGUCUUAAGAACCUUUAUGUUCAAAUUUGGGCAGCUAUUCAUGCUAAAGGAAAUAAUAAUGGGACUUAAGAAGAUAUUAAUGUUGUCGUGGAGAGUCUUAAAAUAAGAAUCAACUAAAAAAACAUUAAGAUUCCAAAUAUUUUAAAAAGCCUUGUCCUUAAAAAACUCAAUGAGUAUGUUAGCAAUGCUUUCACAGCAAAGAAAAUGAACUUAAAUGAUCCAUACAUUUUAAAUAUGAGGUAGAAGAAUGGAAGAGUAGUUGUAAUGGACAAGGAAACGGGUGUAGAAUAAAAGUCAACAUAAUGGAGUAAUGGGCUUCAUCAGUUCUUACAGCUUAAGCAUUAAGAUAGACUUACAUAAGAAAGUUUUAGAGCUGUUUUUAUUUCUAAUUUAAAGUACUUUCAAAAUUACAAUGGAAAGAUAUAUGGUCUUACAGGAACUCUUGGAUCAAAAGUUGAAAGGAAACUUCUAAGUGAUCUUUACUCUUUGAAAUUUUUUAACUUACCUAGAUUUACAUUAUCUGGAUAUGUUUAAUAUGAUCCUAUUAUUAUACCUUCACUUUAAGUUUAGUUGAAUAUGAUAAAGAUAAUUAUAUAAGAUAUUGCAAUAAAUAAGAAAAGACCUAUCUUAUUCAUUUGUGAGAAUGUCAGCUCAGUCCUUUUGUUAGAAUAAUUUAUUUUAGGAUUCUACUUAAAUGUUUUCAAGAGAAUAUCUGCUGACGAAAAAUUGGAAAUAGGAUCAGAAAAAGAACUUAUUGGUGGAGAAGUAAUUGUUGCUACCAAUAUAUCAGGUAGAGGAACUGAUUUAAGGAUCAGCGAUGAUGUUAGUAAAUUAGGAGGAUUACAUGUGGUUGUAACAUUUGUAACAAGCAACAUUAGAAUUGAAGAACAAGCUUUCGGUCGAACUGCAAGAAAAGGUUAGUAAGGUAGUGGAUAAUUCUGUAUAUAAUUCUCUAACUCCGAUUUUUCUAUUGAUGAAAUAAAGUUAGAAAGAGACAAAUUAGAAAGUUAUAGAUUAGGAGAACUCAAGAAAAAGACUAUAGCCAGACUUGAAGUUGAGGCUUUGCUUUUCUAAAAGUUUAUUUAAUUGUAUGGAAAUCUUACUGACAAACUAAAGGCUGACUCAUACCUUUUGCGCAUUUUUGAUAAUGAAGAAAUCCUAAGUAAGUAUUAAGAAAUGCAACUAGAUUUCCUAAAAAAUAGAUGGGCUUAUUUUUUAGAGGAAAUCAGUGAUAAAUUAAAUGAAGUCUACAAAAAUGGUAGAAAGGAGGUAUAUUUUUAAUAUGAGCAUUUUAAAAAUGAAUGCUAUACCUAUUUAAUCGAUCAAAAUUGUCUUAAAUUUGCGAAAACUUUCUGUGAACUAGUAAAAUUGGGCAAUUUUUUUGAAGAACACAAACUCAUUAAGCUAGCUUUGAAAUCCUACAGUAGAGUUAUUAAAAAUGAACCUGAAUUCUGCGAAGUUGCUUAUUAUCGCAAAGCAAAAGCAUUGAUGGACAAAGACAGUUUAAAAUUAUACGAUUAUUUUGACUUUAAAAAGAUUUGGAAUCGAAUUUAUAAUGAAAAUGAUCAAGAAUUAGAAAAGAGAUAAUAAAUAGGAAUAAUUCUUAGAUAAAGUUUAAAUCUUAUGCAAGAAAAAGUUAAUGAAUUACUAGCAGCAAUCGAGAUUUUAAAAAUAGUUGAUAGAAAUUAUUAAAGUAGAAAAAAUGAUGUUCAAUAUGAUAAUCUAUUUGAAGCGCAGUUCUAGUCGUUAAUAGCACUAUAUAAUUUUCAUAUUGACUCUAUCAAAUAAUCAGUUGGAGAAUAACCAUCACUAGGUAUUUUAAAAGGACUAUACUAAUGCUGUGACGAUUAAAAAGUAUUCAAUGAGAUAAAUGAAUAUUUUGAAAAAACAGAUAUAUUUAAACUUGAGAGAAUAUCUUAAAAGGUUAAAAUAUAAGAAGCUCCUUACAGAUUCAAAAUUGAAGAUAAAAUUUUUGAAAUCCCCUUUAAUCUUUAAUACUGUGAUGCAGAGAUAAUAAAUGUUCUGAAAGGUAAAAUUGGUAAAUAAACUUAUGAGUAGAGAUAUGUCAAAUAAAAUGAAUUUAAAGAUGUCUUUUUGAAUUAAGAUGCUGUAUUUUCUAGCUUAUUAAAAAAUGGUUAUCUCAAUGACAAAAAAUAAUUUGUUUAAGUUCCUUAAUAUGACCCAGCUGUAUUUGAAAAAUGUAACUUCUUGCCUUAAGAUGUUCAGAUAGAAAUAAAUAAUUUUCUAUUAUAAAAUUCUGAGAUGUCAUUUGAGAUCCAAGAAUUCAAAAACUAAUUAGGUCAAUUCUCCAAAUAUUAUGAAGAGUUAAUAGCUAAAAAUAUUGUCUUUAUCGAAGAGUAAGGAACUUUUAAAUUAAAGAAAAUAGAAAUUAUGAAUAAAGAGUUAGGCAAUCGAAUCAUUAGAAUAAUGUAAAGCCAUAUUGAUCAAGCGAUUUCUGAAGAUUAACAAUCAUUUGUUUUGAAAAAAGGCAAUCUUGAUGUAUAAAAAACUGUUGAAGAGUAGUUUGCGAAUCUUAAAAUGUUUAUGAUAUAAAAUAAAAUCCUAAAGCUAAAAGAUUUUAGGUUCAAAAUUACGAAUAAUAAUAAGUAAAGAAAGUAAGAAAUUGAGGAAGUCUUAAAUAAAUUGAUUGAUAAAAUUGAUUUUAAGAUUGAAGAACGAAGAUAAAAUUUAGUUCUAAAUCACUUUAGACAUAUUAUUGAAAUAAUGUCUGAACCUAUUUUAGAGAAGCAAUACAAUUAAAAGAAUAAGACUUUCAUUUCUGCAAACUUAGAAUAUAGCAAAAAAUCUAAAGUUUUAGAAGAGUAGAAAGUAAAGUUCAAAGAGACAUUUGCCAAAGAAUUUAUUGCUAAAAUAGGAAUCAACAAAACUGAAGAUUCAAUUGAAUUCGAAGUUACUACUUUAGCUUCUAAAUAUAUUGAUUAGAAAAAAGAUAUUCCCAAAGAAAUGGAUGAAAUGAUUGAUAUAGGGUUAGAAAAAAUUCUAGUCUUGAAAAAAGGUUGGGAGUUUAAUUGGAGCGCUCUUGUAUCAACUGGAGUUGGUGCUGUUUUAGGAAAUAUGCUUAUUUAAGAGGGAUUCUCAGAUAUAAUUUACGGUCUUUAAGCAAUGGUUUCAGGUGAAUUUUCAUGGACUGAGUAUGGUAUUCAAAAAGCAAUAAGUGUAGCAUUAUCAAUUAUCACUUUAGGCUGUUCAUCAGUUGCUGGAACAAUUGGAGCUCAAACAUUAAACAUCGGAAUGAAAGCUGGAAUUACAGCUUUUAAAAGGGGGGCUCUCAAAGCUAUCAUUCCAUUAAUUAAAGAUAAAGUAAUUGAAUGGACUGUAAGUGCACUUGGAGUUUUAUAAAAGAUGAUUGAAAAUUUUAUCAAGAAAGGAUCUUCCUGGCUGAUUGAAAAAGGAAUGAAAAUAGUUGAAAGUAUUAUUGAAAAAAUCAUUGAUCCUAGUAAAAACUAUUUGAUUUAAUGCAUGUAAAUGGUUGCAAUGAAAGAUAGAGAUGAUUUUUUGAAAAAGUCUUUAGACAAUUUGCAUUAGAACUUUGCUAGCUUUUAAACAAAUUCUAUAAAUUUUAUCAAUUUGUAUAAACAGGGAAAAGAAAUUUUGGUAAAAAUUAUCGAAAAUAUUCAAGAUGGUGGGUAAAGCUUCGCUGGAAAAGUUAUUGCAGCAAUUGCAAGUAUUCCUCAAAUUAUAGAAUCAUGUUAAUUGAUAAAAAAAAUUUCAUAUAAAGUUGAAAAUAUCUCAGAAACUCUUAAAAAAUCUGAUUAAUAAAUUAAGCAAUUGAAAGAUACAUAUAUUAAUCAGCAUUAAUAAGAAUAUUCUAUGAUAUAGCAAUAAAGUUUCAAUAAAAAAAUCGAGUAAUCUUUUGAUAAUGAAAAAACAAAAGCAAUUGAGUUUAUCUAAUAAAAAACUCAAAAAGAAGUUGACAAAUGGGUUAGUGAUCUAAUCGUAAAAUUUAUUCAGGACAGAGCUACACGAGCUAUUGAAAAAAAAUUUGAAAAAGCUCAAAAAUAUUAUGACGAAAAGGAUGAUAAGGAUAAAGAUAAAUUUAAGCCUAGCAAAAGGACUGAGUAAUUAAUAAAUUUAGGAAUUAAUUAUGCUGGAGCUCAAAUUAAAUCUUUUCUUGUAACGGAUAUUAAGGAUAAGCUUGGAUAAGAGAUAAAAUAUUUAUAAGAAUUAUGCUCGAACUAGCUUUCAAUUAAACUUAAAACCUAACUGUAAUUAAUAUGCUAUUAAUCCCCUCAAUUUUUUAAUUCUAAUGAUGAAAUUAAAAACAAUUUGUUUAAAUGUGGUGAUCCAUUACUUGAUAUCUUUAAAAAAUUCAGCAAACUCUUUAUUUCAGGAGAAAGAAAAAAAGGAUAAGACAAAAAUUCUUCAGAUAAAGAUGCUAAAAAAGAAAAAAAAGAUGAUAAGAAAGAUAAUUUAGAAACUAUUCAAAAUAAAUACUCUGACUAUGUAUCCAAUACAAUAAAAGAAUGCUAAAACAGUGAAAAAUAUAAAACUAACUGGGAAGAUUUAGAAAUGAAAUUCAAAGAAAAGUUAAACUUGAAAAGCAAAUAUACUCCCUAAGAUAAUACAACUCCAAAUUUAAUUAAUCAAACUCAAAAUAUUUAAAAAAAUAAUGUAGUUCAUAGUGGAAAAUAAGAUACUGCACCAAACACAGCGAAUGAUUCUUAAAAAUCAAAUUCUAUUGUAAAUAAUACAAAAAAGUAAUCUGAAUAAAAAGGCUUACCUACACCAAAUAAAACAUCUAAGAAUGAGGUGAAAUCAGAAUAGCUUGGAAAUAAUUUAAAAAAUGACAGUAAUAAGGGGGAUAAUAAAAAAAUCAUACCAUAAAAUAAUGAAAUAAUUUCGAAAAAUGAAUAAGAUUUUUCAUAGAAUCAUAGCAAUCAAUUAAAAGACCAUCCUUAGAGUCCAAUUAUUUCAAUCAAUUUUGGAGACAAGCCACAUUAGUCCUAUAGUGAAGUAAAACAUUUACCAUAAGAAUAAAUUGGUCUCCCAAUAACCUAGUAGUAAAGUUUCAGAAAUCCAAUAGAUGCAGAACUAAAAUCUGGUAAUGGUGGAAGAAAAAUUGUUGAAAGAGCUCAUAGUGCUGUUGGGAGUAGACCAGAUAGUUAUAUAAAUAAUCCAAUAUAAUAGUGCACUUGUAAGGAUUAAAAACCAAUCUAAAUAAGAAGAUAAUCUUUAAUUAAAAAUAAUUAACCUACACUCAUAAAUAACAUGAACCCAAAUAGAUUUCCCGAUUAAGCACUUAGAUAACCCUAUUUCACUAAUAAAUAACUCAAAUCUAAAAAUAAAAAGCCUCAUUUUACAUAAAUUCAAACCUCAUGUAGUAGAUAGCCUAUUAUAAUUAGAUAACCCAUUUACUAAAUUAAAUAACCGGAUUUCCCAUAUAGAUAUCUUGAUGAUGCAAAUAGAUAUCAAUAAGUUAUGCAAAGCUAAACUCGACUUAAUUCACCAUACAAUGAACCGGUAAAGUUAUAGAAUUUUAGAACAUAUAAAGCUAAUCCUAAACGUCAUAAAUCUGGAGUUACAUACCAAACAAUAAACUAUUUUGUAUUGUCAACUGAUGAUAUUCUAAGAGUUUAGAACAAAUUGAAAGACAAAGCAAAAAUUAGUCUAAAAAAGAAGAAGAAAUUUAAUUAGAUUGAUUAGCUGAUUUAAUCCAUUAUGAGCCAAAAAAGAAAUUGA